AUGGCAACGUCUAAUGCACCCGAGUCUCCGACACAGGAGCAGCAAUCCAAAUACCAGAACUCUCCUUCGCGACGGCGCCAACCACAAGAUGAGGAGACAGGCUACUUUCAAGGCCAGUCAGGGCCAAGAUCACCUUCAAGGCAUGUUCGCGAUCCCUCGAAGUCUUCUUUCGCAGAAACCCAUACGACAACGCCUUUGACUCCCACGGUUUCAACAGAUCCCUUGGAACAGCCACUCCACUCAGGAAUGCCCGGCCAGGACCUUGGACGGAAGCGGAGUUUGAUUCGACCAGAGCGAAACCGAAUCGAUCAAAACCAUCCGAAUUACCAUUAUAGACAGCAUGCCGCCAAUAUGAAUGUUCUGCCUUCUUCAACUGGGAAUGAUCCGAUUAUGGAGGACCUGGAGGAGACAGAAGUCGCAGCAACGGAAACCUCUGGAUUGAGAAGCUCUGGAGACGUAGACUCUGAUACUUCACCGCCUGCAAAGAAGAGUAGGCGUGGCCAUGGUGCAGGGCCGAAGGCUCUAGACUCCACAGAGAAGGCUGCACCUCGAACACGGACAAAAUUGAAGAGGGAGCGAACACGAAAAAUGACUAAAGAGGAGAAGGAGCUACAAAAGCAACUGGAUGCAGUCAAACCACCGAGUUUGUGGAACGUUUACUGCGCAAUUGUUACUUUCUGGUGUCCUGCGUUUUGUAUGAAAUGCUUUGGAAUGCCAGCUAAGGAGCAGCAAAGAGCUUGGAGGGAAAAGAUGGGCCUGAUUAGCAUCAUUCUAUUCAUCAUGGCUUGUGUCGGCUUUCUUACUUUUGGAUUCACAGCGACCGUCUGCGGCAACCCAGGGCUUCGACUGCGUGUCAAUCAUGUUGAUACUGGGUAUAUGAUUUUCCACGGAAAGGCAUACGACCUCUCUCGAUCAAAACAUCCAAUUGCUAGAGGAGUCACAGCAAACGCAAACGUUCUAUACGAUCUUCCGGAAAAGCACGGAGGGCAAGAUGGAAGCUUUCUCUUCCAGAAUGUUAAUGGAAAGUGCAAGGAUCUCAUCACAUUGAGCCCGGAUUCAGACGUGCCAACGAACUCGGACAAAGAUUUGGCCUGGUAUUUCCCAUGCACAACUUUCAAUCAGGAUGGCUCAAGUCCUAUCAACAAGACUAUUCCCUAUUAUCUUGGAUAUGCUUGCCACACCUCAGCCGUUGGCCGUGACGCCUUUUACGGACUCAGAAGCGCUGGAGACGUCUACUUUAACUGGGACGAUAUCAAGAACGUCUCGAGAAACUUGAUGGUCUAUUCUGGAAACGUCUUAGAUCUCGAUCUUCUCAAGUGGUUCAAUGGAACAGAGGUCACAGUUCCAACCGAAUUUGCAAGACUCAGUGAUCGCACUUCAUCAUACAACGCGGCGGUCCACGGAAGAGAUGUUACCCACGCCUUUCAAGGCAAGCGGGACAAGCACAUCGCUCAGUGUUUGGAGCAGAUCAUCAAGGUUGGGACAGUGGAUACCGAGACAGUUGGCUGCAUUGCUUCUAAAGUUGUUCUCUACGUCUCAUUGGUUUUCAUCUUGUCGAUUGUUGUGUCAAAGUUUGUUCUGGCGCUCCUUUUCCAGUGGUUUUUCAGCAGAAAAUUCGCGGCUUCAAAGACUUCGCAAUCAUCGAAUAAGAAGAAGAGGGCUAGGCAAAUCGAGGAUUGGUCAAAUGACAUCUAUCGGGCUCCACCCAGAAUCCCUGGGGAUGUUGGAAGCACCGUUGUUGGGUCCGACCGAUUGAGCAAGCGAGGAAGCGCCUUCCUUCCGACUACCUCUCGCUUUACCAGUCCAUAUGCUGCAGAGAACAGACUUUCUCGAGCUGGCCGUCCUCAACCCACAACCAUGGCCAGCCAAACUUCUACUGCAGCUCUCCUCGCACCCAAUCCUGUUUUCAAGCAUCACCAGAACAGCAGCCGAACGAGCUUUUUACGCUCAGAGAACGGAUUCAGCGGCUCAACGACCGAUUUCGAAGGUCCUGGUCCUGCUGGCUUCAUUCAUGAGUCUGUCGUACCUCAACCACCGGCUGAUUGGCAGCCAUUCGGUUACCCUCUUGCCCACGCAAUCUGCCUAGUAACUGCCUACUCCGAAGGAGAGCUUGGUAUCCGAACGACCUUAGAUUCGGUUGCCAUGACCGAUUAUCCCAACAGCCACAAGACAAUCCUCGUCAUCUGUGAUGGUAUCAUCAAGGGUAAAGGAGAGACGAUGUCGACCCCAGACAUUGUACUUAGCAUGAUGAAGGACCACUCAAUUCUUCCGGAUGAGGUUCCUGCCUUCUCCUAUGUUGCGGUCUCCAGUGGAUCCAAGAGACACAACAUGGCCAAGGUAUACUCUGGAUUCUACGACUAUGGGCUGGAUUCCUCGAUUCCAGUGGAAAAGCAGCAGCGAGUACCCAUGAUGUGCAUUGUCAAAUGCGGCACACCGGACGAGGCCACAAAGAGCAAACCAGGAAACAGAGGCAAACGUGACAGUCAGAUCAUCUUGAUGUCCUUCUUGCAGAAAGUUAUGUUCGACGAGCGAAUGACCGAGCUUGAAUUUGAGAUGUUCAACGGAUUGUGGAAGGUCACUGGAAUCUCGCCCGACUUCUAUGAGACCGUUCUCAUGGUUGACGCCGAUACGAAGGUCUUCCCCGACAGCUUGACCCACAUGGUUUCUGCAAUGGUCAAGGAUCCUGAGAUCAUGGGUCUCUGUGGCGAGACAAAGAUUGCCAACAAGCGAGCUUCCUGGGUAUCAGCUAUUCAGGUGUUCGAGUACUUCAUUUCCCAUCAUCUCUCCAAGUCGUUCGAGUCAGUGUUCGGUGGUGUUACCUGUCUUCCUGGAUGUUUCUGCAUGUACCGCAUCAAGGCACCAAAGGGUGGACAAAAUUACUGGGUUCCCAUUCUCGCCAACCCUGAUGUUGUGGAGCACUACUCGGAGAACGUCGUCGAUACUCUGCACAAGAAGAACUUGCUACUGCUGGGAGAAGAUCGUUAUCUGUCAACGCUCAUGCUUCGAACUUUCCCUAAGCGAAAGCAAGUUUUCGUUCCCCAGGCCGUCUGCAAAACCACUGUCCCAGAAACAUUCUCUGUCCUCUUGUCUCAAAGACGUAGAUGGAUCAACAGUACAAUCCACAAUCUUAUGGAACUUGUUCUCGUCAGGGAUCUUUGUGGUACCUUCUGCUUCAGUAUGCAGUUCGUUGUUGGUAUUGAAUUGAUCGGUACUUUGGUGCUACCGGCUGCUAUCGCAUUCACUCUCUACGUCGUUAUCGUCUCGAUCAUUGGACCAGUUCAAAUCAUUCCUCUGGUCCUCCUUGCCCUGAUUCUCGGUCUCCCAGCAGUUCUCAUUGUCCUCACCGCCCACCGCUGGUCAUAUGUCGUAUGGAUGUUCAUCUAUCUUCUUUCCCUCCCAAUCUGGAAUUUUGUUCUCCCAGUCUACGCAUUCUGGAAGUUCGACGACUUCUCCUGGGGUGACACUCGCAAGACAGCUGGCGAGGGCAAGGUCAAGAAAGCAGGUAUCGAGUAUGAAGGUGAAUUCGACAGUUCCAAGAUCACCAUGAAGAGAUGGGGUGAGUUCGAGAGGGACCGCAGACAGAGAUCGCAAGCAGGGUGGAAUGCCUAUGGCAGUAAGGAAGGUAGCCAUCUGAGCACACAAGCCUACCCAGGUCAUCAUGGCGGUUACGAGGAGUAUUCCGACAUCUAG